AUGCGUCAAGCAGUUAACUUAUGGCUGUUUGGCGUAAUCUUGACAUGCUUGAUCCUAUCACUGCUUGCGGUUGUCUUGAGGACAAUCGGACGACGAAGAAGAAAUUCUCUGCAGUUGGAUGACUGGACUAUGGUCUUGACCGAGUACUUUACUAUGUUCGACCUCCUCUACUGCAUUACUCUGGGUCCAUUAAGAUGCAGUCUCUGUCUAACCCUGCUUAGAUUCGCUACAGGAAAACGCAUGCGGCAAGCCAUCUACAUCAUGGUCAUGGUCCAUAUCACGACAACUAUAGCAUGCUUUGUAGGCCUGAUGGCAUUGUGUCGCCCAUAUCGCACCAACUGGCGAUACUUCUACGACUUUCCGGGAUACCCAAAGAGNGGGUCCUGCUUCAGCGGCGUCGUUAUCGAGGUUCUGGUCUACAUGUUGACGGCAAUCACCUCCAUAUCUGACUUGAUAUGUGUCAUCAUUCCUGGCAUUCUCUUCUGGAAGUCACGGAUGAAUCGUCAGAAAAAGAUCAUGGCAUGGAUGCUACUUAGCUUAGGCCUGCUAGCUUCAAUAGCUACGUUGGUCCGACUGCCUUUCACGCCAUAUUGGGUUGCUAANAAAGAUCGUGUUUGGGGUCUCGGUAUGGCAACACUUUGUUGUUGCGUCGAAAUUUGUUUGGGUAUCCUCGCUGGAUGUGCUUCUGCACUCAAGCCCUUCGUUGUCGGUAUAGUACCCAAGCUCAGGUCGCGCUUCUCAUCAGGGCAAGACGUAUCGUUGCCGACGUCAAGUUCAGGCAGAGUACGCAAUCUGAAAGGACUAACGUGUUUCUCUUACAACACUACGGAUCUCAAGACGAUCCAUUCCCCAAGAGGCGAUGUGAUUUGGAUUGCGCCCAUCCAGGACCUAAGCUCGUCGGAUUCGGAGUCUGCUCCAACAAACAAUCGGAAUAGCGUCUGA